AUGGCUGAGGACCCGAGAAUCCAAGCCGCAUCCCAACCAGUACUAUAUCACCCCGACCUCCACAAGAGAAACAUCUUCGUCUCCAAAGAAGAUCCCGAAAUCGUCACAGCUAUAAUCGACUGGCAAUCAUGCAGCAUCGAACCGGCAUUCUGGUACGCGGAUGAAGUCCCGGACUUUGCGCAACCCGUUCCUGAUCCCGAGUGCGCGGACAAGAUGGAGCCAAAAAGUGAGUUAUGUCCAUGGAUGAGUCCCUCUUUCGGACCAAUGCGUUUUGCAUACAGCACAUGGAAUUUUGGCGCUGUUGCUCUCUGCGAAGAGCUCAUCCAGACAGCUCUGCACUGGGACGAGCUGGGCCUGGCGGGAUCGUGUCCAUUCCUUGUACCCAACGAAACCGAAAUUGCUGAACAUCGUGCAGACUACGAGAAGUUCCAAUUUGUACAACGGCUGAAGCACAGUAUUUCCCAGGCUUUGGAGUGUGGGACAGAUGGCUGGGUUCAUGCCGAUGACUGGGAGACGACGAAGUCAACAUACAGGGAAGCUUACAAGGCGAUGGUACAGGCCAUCUUAGAAGAAGAGGAUGUCGAUGAUGAUGAGCCGGUUAAAUCAGAAGCAGAUAUCAGAGAACUUUGGCCCUUUUGA